UCCCCCUGUUUGUACUCUCUAAUAAAAAAUAAGAAGCCUUUAAAAAAAAAUUAUAGUUCUCAGCUUAGUUUUUUUUUUUUCUUUCUCGUGUUAGAGCUAUAUAGGUAGCUAAAACCACUAGCACACAUCUUGUCAAGUAUCAAGCGUUGGAUCAUUGCUAGUUCCUUUUUUUCUUCGUCGUAUUCCUGAAGUUACUCUCUGAGUUCGCCCCGGUAUCGUGCAUAUGAUGGAAAAAUUUUAACCUGAGACUUGUGAUGUCGUCAAAGGAACCACUGAUGCACGUGUGGGGUGGAGCGCCCGUUAGGGGUUUUGAGGACGGAAGUAAUUGGUUUCUGAGUCCCGUGCCCUCAUUUUCUUUCUUUCUCUCAGCCCCUGCCCCUCCCAAAGCCGAAGCCAAAGCAAAGGCUUUGAAGGCCAAGAAAGCGGUGCUGAAAGGCGUCCACAGUCACAAAAAAAAGAAGAUCCGCACGUCACCUACAUUCCGACGACCCAAGACACUGCGUCUGCGGAGGCAGCCCAAAUAUCCUCGAAAGAGCGCCCCCAGGAGAAACAAGCUUGAUCACUAUGCCAUCAUCAAGUUCCCCCUGACUACUGAGUCAGCCAUGAAGAAAAUAGAAGACAACAACACGCUUGUGUUCAUUGUGGAUGUCAAGGCCAAUAAGCACCAGAUCAAACAGGCUGUGAAGAAGCUCUAUGACAUUGACGUGGCCAAGGUCAACACCUUGAUCAGGCCUGAUGGAGAGAAGAAGGCAUAUGUUCGACUGGCUCCUGACUAUGAUGCUUUGGAUGUUGCCAACAAAAUUGGAAUCAUCUAAACUGAGUCCAGCUGGCUAAAUCUAAAUAUAAAUCUUUUCACCAU